AGUGAAGAGAGUUUAUCAAUGACAAAAGUAUGAGAACACAAGAGCGUAUAUAUAGGCAUCUUUGCGUUCGCGUGUAAUAAAUCGCUAAUUGGUCACAGUAGUCAAAAAAUUGUGUGUGAAAAUGGGAGCUGAAACGAAGAAGGUGUCCGAAAGUGGAUUUCUUUUUGGUGUAAAUCCGUUGAUAUAUUGGACGGCACUUAUAUAUGGUGUUACAAGGUUGAUCGAAUUGUUAACGAAUACGGAGAAUUUUUGGACAAAUAGCUGGAAUAAGUUUAUUGAUUAUACCGGGGAUGAUCCCUUACUUUGUUACGUCUGGGCAACUACAGCUUACACUAUGGCCUUGUAUUGGACUCUCGGUUCAAUAUUCAUAUUAAUGGACGUAACCAACAAACCAGAGUUCGUCCGUAAAUACAAGACUCAGCCAGAGGCAAACGUUCCACUCGACAAAUGGAAAUGUUUCACUGCUUCGUUGAGAGUGCUUUUCAAUCAAAUUUUUGUUGGCAUUCCCUAUUCCUGCUUACUGUUCCAACUCAGUAAACUGGUUGGUUCUCCCGGCCUAAGAGUUGUUACUAGCUUCCCGAAGCUAAUGCUUGACUUGGUCAUAAUGUCAUUUGUGUACGAGAUCUUGUUUUACUACUCACAUCGCUUACUUCAUCACCGGAUGUUCUAUAAAUACAUUCACAAAGUUCACCACGAAUGGACGGCUCCUGUGAGUGUAAUGGCAGUAUAUGCACAUUGGUUUGAGCACAUCAUCAGUAACCUGACUCCAGUCGUCAUCUGCUUAAUUUCAGUCAAUGCACCACUGUCAACCAGCUGGGUCUGGUUUACGUUAACUAUUAUUUCAACGCUCGGUGAUCAUUCCGGCUACCAUCUGCCGUUUCUUCACAGUCCCCAGUUCCAUGACUAUCACCAUUUGAAGUUCGUCGAAUGUUACGGUGUGAGCGGUAUGCUUGACCGAUUUCACAAAACUUCGUCAAAGUUCGAAGAAUCGAUUCACUUCUUACGGCACCGGACUCUCUUGUCGUUCACAUCGGCAAACGAAUUGUAUCCGGACGAUUUGGUGACGAAAGCGGAUAAAACGGAAUAAUUUCCUCUCUAAGCUGGUUCCCAUACAUAAAGUAUGUCGCGCAAAAUUAACUCUCUUCUUUAUACCACCCCACAAUGUCAGAGUUGUGUCAUAGAACACACUAUAUCCCCUCCCGUUAGUGACAUAGAGUUGUAGAGAGGUGGCGCUGUAGAUCAAAAGAAACCACAAAAAUAUAUGGGAAAUAAUGACAGCGCCACCUUGACACCUCUUGAGUGUAGUCAAUCUAUGGUUAGUGACGUGAAGACAAAAUUCUAUUUGAAAUGAGGACAAUCAGUAAAAAUCCAAAAUUUUAAGUUUAUUGUUCGUCUCAUUGAUUCUCAUGGUUCUUAUGAUUCUUACGUCAAAAAUUGGAGAAAGGAAAGUACCGCAAUAACCUGACAGAUUCUGCUAUGCUAACAGGGAAAGUGCAUUGAGAGAGAAAAUUUUCAUAUGUAAGACGAAAUGUCGCAUACCGACACAACAAUAAUGUGCUUGUGUUAGUUUGCCUGACAGAUGAAACUAUGAAAAUUCAAUUUAAAUUUCUCUAUCUCUCUAUCUCUAUCUCAAGUCAUUUAUAAAUCACGUUCGCUUUUUCAGUGCUGCUAGCAGAUUUAAAUCGUAAAUAACUCGAUAAAUAUGUGCUGUACUUCCAAAUAUACCCCUAAUUGGGUAUAGGCCACACAUUGGAGUCUCCAGAACGCAUAUCUAGCGAGUUAUUAAUGAUUUAGAUCUGCUAGCAGCACUGAAAACAAAAGGAUGUUAUUUAUGAAUGACUCCUCUCUACUGUACACUUCAAAGAAAUGUCUGUACCCUCCCUUGUGAGUGACAUACUUUAUGAAUGGGACCCAUAUAACCUGAACGUCUUUAAGUCUGAUUCCAAUUUUUUACGAUUCAAUAAAGAAAUUUAACACAAAAAUUU